GGCAAUAUGGAUUUAUUUCGAACAAAGUGAAACAAACAAAAAAAACAGAGAAGACAUGAAGGCAGCUAUGGUGGCACGUAUGGCAGCCAUUGGGCGUAACAAGCUCCUCCCUUCUUUACAUUUGGCUUCCAUGCACAUCGCCUCUCCUCCUCUCUCUCGCCAAAUAAGCAUGAAGGCAGGUGGUCUUGUUGAUCGGCUCAGAACUGCUGGUCUGUUACGGAGCCAGUGUCUUAUUGGAGGGAAAUGGACUAAUGCAUAUGAUGGGAAGACAAUUCAGGUUUACAAUCCAGCAACUGGUGAUGUUAUAGCAGAUGUCCCAUGCAUGGGUGGGAAGGAGACAAGUGAUGCAAUAGCUUCUGCUAAUGAUGCAUUUCAUUCCUGGAGCAAGCUCACUGCUGCAGAUAGGAGCAAACGUUUAAAAUCAUGGUAUGACUUACUAAUUGCCCACCAAGAAGAGCUUGGACAACUAAUAACCUUAGAGCAAGGAAAACCUCUAAAAGAAGCCAUGGGUGAGGUUAGUUAUGGAGCCAGUUUCAUUGAGUUCUUUGCAGAGGAGGCAAAACGUGUAUAUGGUGACAUAAUACCGCCAACUCUUGGUGAUCGUCGUUUGUUGGUCCUAAAGCAGCCUGUUGGUGUUGUUGGAGCAAUUGCACCCUGGAACUUUCCCUUGGCCAUGAUUACUCGCAAGGUUGGUCCUGCCCUUGCUUGUGGUUGUACAGUGGUUGUAAAACCCUCUGAACUUACACCUCUCACAGCCUUAGCAGCAGCUGAGCUAGCUCUUCAGGCUGGAAUUCCGCCGGGUGUUCUAAAUGUGGUUGUGGGAAAUGCCCCUGAAAUUGGAGAUGCUUUACUCUCAAGUCCACAGGUAAGGAAGAUCACAUUCACCGGCUCAACGGCAGUGGGAAAGAAGUUGAUGGCUGGUGCUGCUGGAACUGUUAAAAAGGUGUCUUUAGAACUUGGUGGCAAUGCACCCUGCAUAGUAUUUGAUGAUGCAGAUCUGGACGUGGCGGUUAAAGGAUCACUUGCAGCGAAGUUCCGUAAUAGUGGACAAACAUGUGUCUGUGCUAAUCGAUUACUUGUACAAGAAGGCAUAUAUGACAAAUUUGCAGAGGCUUUUUCAAGAGCCGUUCAAAAUUUGCAAGUUGGGGAUGGCUUUAGUGAAGGUGUGGCACAGGGUCCAUUGAUUAAUGAAGCUGCAGUGCAAAAGGUUGAAUCAUUUGUUCAAGAUGCUAUCGCAAAGAUCUUAAUCUUGUUACCCCUUCCCCCUUCUCUCCCUCAAAGUGAUUGCUUGUCAAAUUUUCUUGUGAAGCCAUCCAUGCUGAUCUCAAUUAUGUUUUGUGCUUUGGCAUUAUCCUAUCUUCUUAGAGGGCUUUCUUUUCAUCUCAUUUUGGUGGGACAUAGUUCAAUGCAUUUCUUGGUUGAACAUGUCGUAAUGAAUAUGUUAGAUUAUUUUGAUUUUUUCGGGGGUGGAAAACAAUCAGUUAAAAAAUUGUUAAUAUGCACUCUUUUGCCUUGCCUCAGAGAGGAAGUAUUUGGACCUGUGGCACCUCUAUUGCGCUUCAAAACUGAGGAGGAAGCCAUCCAUGUUGCUAAUAACACCAAUGCAGGAUUAGCAGCAUAUAUCUUCACAAACAAUAUUCAACGUACUUGGCGUGUCACUGAAGCACUUGAAUAUGGACUUGUUGGCGUAAAUGAAGGACUUAUUUCAACAGAGGUGGCUCCAUUUGGAGGAGUAAAACAGUCUGGUCUAGGACGAGAAGGCUCCAAGUACGGGAUGGAUGAAUAUCUUGAGCUCAAAUACGUUUGCUUAGGAAACAUGAACAGAAAGUAAUAUCCAAGGUUUGCUUUCAACAGACUAUCGAGCUUAUGACACUCGUAGUAGUUUUAGCGGGUGGAGAGUUGUAAGUAGAGAUAAUGAGUGGAAAAUUUUUACAGCUCGUGCUUGUAAGUGCGUUCUAUCUCAAAGACAUGAACGAAUAAGCGGUGCCUUGGUCUGUUGUAAUAAUUGUCUUAUUCCUGCUCAUUAUAUUAGUUAAUUUUGUUUUGUGCGAAAGCAAACUGGUCUCACGUUGGUGAUUAAUUGGUCUGACUGAAGUCAAUCAACCAAAAGUGUACUCCUUGACAACUUCUCA